AACAGAGCCAUUGUUUGGGAGCUCUGAGAUGGCGAUCGACGACCUAAUCGGGACUUUAUCCGACGGCGAUGUGUCCGACGAGGAGUCGGAAGUGGAGGAGGUGGUAGAAGUGCCGGUACAAACCAAGAAGCGCAAAAGAGAGGCAGCUUCGCAGAGUGCCGUAAAGAAGCAGAAAGGCGACAACGACGCGGAUCUGGACUCGGACUUUGAGUUUGAGAAUGAGGGCGGAGCGGUGGAGCUAGACGAUCUGGACACAUGGGCACUAGCUGGUAACGGAGAGAUAAACGAGCCAGGAAAUAUCGAAGCAAUCAUUGCACGGAAAAGAGCGAAAAAUGCUCCAAAAGCGCCAGUGGUCGACAGCGAGGAGGAAAAUAGCGACGACAGCGAGGAUGAAGGGAUAGCAGCGGCAUACGAGGAGGAAGAUGACGACGAGGAGGACGACGACGAAGCCGAGCCUGGAGCGGACGGUGAGGAAGACAGUGAGGAAGAGUUCUCCACCGCCAUGGAGGGCUUGAAUGGAGACUUCGAGGGAAUAGAUGGAAAUGACGAGGAGGACAGUGGCAACGAAGACGAUGAGCUCGAUGAGGACGUCGAGGUCGCAGUCCAUGUACCGCAUCCGGACGACCUGGCUGACGAGUCUGGCUCAGAGGCCGCAGAGGAUGUGUUGGAGAAAGAGAAGCGCAACAAGUUCUUUGCCAAUGAUGAGAAGAGCUCAAAUCCUGCUGCGACUGCCUUCCACGCUAUGAACUUGUCGCGACCGAUUCUUCGAGGGCUGGCGGCGGUCGGUUUCGAUAAGCCAACGCCCAUCCAGGCCAAGAGUAUUCCCGUCGCGCUUGAAGGGCGCGAUCUUGUUGGAGGAGCCGAAACUGGUUCUGGAAAGACAGGCGCAUUCAUCAUUCCCAUCCUGGAGCGACUCAUGUUUCGGCCAAAGCGUACUGCAACUACACGUGUAGUCAUUUUGAUGCCUACUCGUGAGUUGGCGUUGCAAUGUUUCAAUGUGGCGAAGAAGCUGGCUGCACAUACAGACAUUACGUUUGGCCAGGCAAUCGGUGGAUUGAACUUGCGCGAACAAGAGAAAGCACUGAAGCUUCGACCAGACAUUGUCAUUGCUACUCCUGGUCGUUUCAUUGAUCUGGAGAGGAACAGCACCGGUUUCGAUGUCAGCACGGUAGAAAUCUUAGUUUUGGAUGAAGCUGAUCGAAUGCUUGAGGAGGGGUUUGCUGAUGAGCUGAACGAGAUUUUGACCAAGAUUCCAAAGUCACGCCAAACAAUGCUGUUCUCUGCAACGAUGACAACAAAAGUCGAUGACCUGAUCCGCUCUGGUCUCCAGCGACCUGUUCGUCUCAUGGUCGACUCGCAACAGCAGACUGUCAAAGGACUCGUACAGGAGUUCGUGCGCCUUCGACCUGGCAGAGAAAAGAAACGUCUCGCCUACCUCAUGUACCUCUGCGAGAAAGUCUACACAGAUCGAGUGAUCAUUUUCUUCCGACAAAAGAAGGAGGCUCAUCGAGUACGAGUCAUCUUUGCGCUCGCAGGGCUCAAAGCUGCCGAAUUGCACGGAACCUUAUCGCAAGAGCAACGUAUCAAUGCGAUAGAGUCCUUCAGGACUGGUAAGGCAGGCUUUCUCCUCGCCACUGAUCUCGCAUCUCGUGGUUUGGAUAUCAAAGGCAUCGAAACGGUCAUUAACUACGAAGCACCUCAGUCGCAUGAGAUCUACCUGCAUCGUGUCGGACGUACAGCUCGUGCUGGCCGAACUGGUCGCGCAUGCACUCUCGCCGCAGAACCCGACAGAAAAGUUGUAAAGGCUGCAGUGAAGGCCGGAAAGGCACAAGGCGCCGUCAUCAAGCAAAGAACAAUUGAAGCUCACGACGCGGAUGCUUGGCAUGCACGAAUUGAAGCCAUGGCAGACGACAUUGAGGAAGUCUUGAGAGAAGAGAAGGAAGAGAAGGCGCUCAAUAUCGUCGACAAGCAACUGACAAAAGCCGACAACAUGGUCAAGUACGAAGACGAGAUCAAGUCUCGGCCGAAAAAGACGUGGUUCGAAAGUGAAAAGGACAAGCAAGCCGCCAAAGAUCGAGGACGAGCUCUCCUCAACGGUGCCGAAGCAAUGGAGACUAAAAAGAAAAAGGGAGGCAAGCUCUCCAACAAGGACAGGAAGAAAUUGCAAGACAAAGACGAUCGAAAAUCCGGUGGCGAGUGGAAA